CCAUCAUUCACCUCUUCCCAACCUUUUCCCCCUCCAUAGGUGGCCUCCUGUGCUCGCUUUGCUGCUUUCCUCUUUGUUAAAAGGCUGCUCCCUCCCUUCCCCCCUUUCUCUCUCAUCCAGUCUCGCGCGCACUCUGCUUGGUGUCGCUUAGGUCAAAUAGCCAUCCAUCCAUACGCCUCUUUCCCUUUCUCUUUCCUCUUUACCUCCCUUUCUUGAUUUUCCAAGCUGCUACAAGCUCUCCGGUUUCCGGGUGCUGCUGCUUCUCAUGGUCAUGGCUUCCGCGGCGGCUCCUGCCAGCCACCAAACCGAGCAAAGGCGCCGCCAAAUCUGCCUCUGACCUCUCCACCAAAUACCCAACCAGCACCCACCCACCCUUCUUCUUCUCCUUCUAGCAACAAGGAGCUCAACUCACAGUCAGCUCAGCUUAUUAGCCAGUUAGCAGCAGCUUCAAGCCCAGCUGCGUAUGCGCGAGUAUAAUGGAGAGCAGAUGGCGAAAGGCAAAGAUGUCGCUAGGGCUCAAUCUCUGCGUCUACGUGCCCCGGACGCUGGAAGGCGACGACGACAGCUCGCCCAACACCGGCUCCUCCACGGCGGCGCUCGUGUCGCCAGUGGCGUCCUCGUCGUCCGCCGCGACCAGCGCUAACACCACCCCGACGGCGGCUUCGGCGGAGCAAAGCAACGGCAAGGUGAACGGCGGCGCCGGCGCGAUGAUGCCGACCACCCCGACGCCCACCUCCGCCGGACUCCGCCUCUCCAAAUCCGGCAGCAAAUCCUUCAAGAAAACAUGUGCCAUAUGCUUGACCACGAUGAAGCCUGGUCAGGGUCAUGCUCUCUUCACAGCAGAGUGCUCGCAUACCUUCCACUUCCACUGUAUUUCUGCAAAUGUUAAGCACGGAAGCAGCAGCUGCCCAGUUUGCCGUAUCAAAUGGAAGGAGCUUCCAUUUCGAGGACCGUUGCCUGCUGAAUUACCCCAAGUAAAUGCAAGGAUUAAUCCAGUUAAUGGGAAUCAAAAUGGAGGCCAUAUGACUAUAUUGCGACCACUUCCUCGUGCCCGUUCUUCUGGUAGGCUUCAUCAUCUGGCUGCAUUGCUGCCUGACAAUGACCCUAGUACUUUCAAUGAUGAUGAACCCUUGGAAUUGUCGUGUGAAGCAACCAAAGACCCUCAGCAGGGCAGUUUGAGAACAGUAGAGAUAAAAACACAUCCUGAGUUCACCGAAGUACCUGAAAAUUCAUCAGAAAGAAACUUCACUGUUCUAAUUCAUCUUAAGUCACCCCUUGCUCAGCAUUUGCAGACACCCAGCAAUCUCGGAGAUGGCAAUGGACCAAGCACAGCUCGUGCCCCUGUUGAUCUCAUCACAGUUCUUGAUGUUAGCGGAAGCAUGGCUGGUACCAAACUUGCAUUGUUAAAGAGGGCUAUGGGAUUUGUCAUUCAAAACCUUGGCUCUUCAGAUCGUCUUUCCGUCAUCGCCUUCUCAUCAUCAGCGCGCAGACUCUUCCCCCUUCGUCGGAUGACUGAGUCUGGUCGGCAGCAAAGCUUGCUGGCUGUUAAUUCAUUGACGUCAAAUGGUGGGACCAAUAUUGCAGAGGGCCUCAGGAAAGGCUCCAAGGUUAUUGAAGAACGCCAGGCCAAGAAUCCAGUCUGCAGCAUCAUCCUUUUAUCGGAUGGUCAAGAUACCUAUACUGUCUCACCAACUGCUGGUGUACACAAAGGGGCACCAGAGUAUUGUGCCCUCCUGCCAUCCACUAAUGGUAACCAGCAGGUACCUGUUCAUGUCUUUGGAUUUGGUGCUGACCAUGACUCAGUAUCGCUGCACUCCAUUUCACAAACUUCUGGUGGGACAUUUUCAUUCAUCGAGACAGAGGCUGCUAUCCAAGAUGCAUUUGCACAGUGCAUUGGAGGGCUUCUGAGCGUAGUUGCACAAGGUCUGCAUGUAAAGGUGGAGAGCCUCCACCCUGACGUGCACUUUGGCUCCAUCAGAUCGGGCAGCUAUUCUAGCAGAGUUUCAGAUGAUAAGAGGAAUGGCUCCAUAGAUGUUGGAGACCUGUAUGCUGAAGAGGAAAGGGAUUUUCUUGUGUCUGUAAAUGUUCCCCCAGGCUAUGGGGAAACGGCACUUCUCAAGGUUGGCUGUGUCUACAAAGAUCCACUGAUGAAGGAGACUGUGAAUAUGGCUGAUGUGCAAGUGAAGAUCUCCAGGCCAGCAUUCGUCUCUGUACAAAGUGUGUCUAUCGAGGUGGACCGCCAAAAGAACCGUCUUCAUGCAGCUGAGGUCAUGGCUGAAGCAAGGUUUUCUGCAGAGCGUGGUGACCUGACAAAUGCUGUUUCAUUACUAGAAGACUGCCGGAGAAUGAUCACGGGAUCGGCAUCAGGACAGUCUGGUGAUCGAUUGUGCCAAGCAUUGGAUGCUGAGCUGAAGGAGAUGCAAGAUAGGAUGGCCAAUCGCCAAAGGUACGAGGCAUCUGGUCGGGCAUAUGUUCUCUCAGGCUUGAGCUCCCAUUCAUGGCAGAGGGCAACUGCACGCGGUGACUCCACAGACAGUGAGAGCCUAAUCCAGGCAUAUCAGACUUCAUCCAUGAUCGACAUGCUGCUGCGCUCACAGACAAUGAGCCGCUCGUCAACCCCUCGACAAACUCCACAGAUGAGGCAUGCAAAAUCAUUCCCAGCACGCCCGCAGCCAAGGUAACUGCAUUCUGGUGAUGCCAAGGAUUUGCCUGAAGCCUAAUUGCUUCUUAGUGGACGUAGUCGUUAAAGUUCUUAGUUUUGUGGUGGGAGGAUGGGAUGGGGGUAUAGUUUGUGUGGUAUAAGGAGAUGCAAUGGUGUAAAUUCAAUUUGGGGUGAUGGUGGGUAAAUGGUGAGAGUAAGGUGUUUUGUAAUUGGGUUAGGGGAUGGUAUACGUCCUGGCGGGGAAUGGGCAAGAGGGUGGGCUAUUUUUUUUCCCUUGGUGGUGACUUGGUAUACUCCAGUAUUGUACUAGCUUCUUUGUGUGGUGAUGUACAUAAGAGAAGGGUAUACAUUGGUGUAUUCCUUGAGGGGAAUGGGAUACUUGAUCCUGAUCCUUGCAAGGUUUGUUCCCUACUUCCCUCUUCCUGGAAAUGGAAAAGGGUUGUUGCUUCUUCAUGGAAAUGGAAUUCUGAUCCUGGUCUAUGUUGUGCCGGGGCAUUUCGA